UAAACAUCAAUCAGUAGAGCAGAAACUCGAUGAUAGUAGAGUUUUUUUCGUUUCAUUGCGAUAUUAUUGUAUGAAUAGAUCGUGAAUGCAUUCGGUGUUCUUAUCGUUCAAUUUUGUGUGAGGUGCUGAAAAUUGUGUACAUUGGUGAACUCUGAUACACGCAAAUCUGGACCAUGAUCAUCGAAAAGAACAACUGUAAUAUCCCCGAAUAUCUCGAUGGAACCUUUUUCAAAAAGGCCUUAGUUAGCAGAAUCAAGUGCGAUGACGUCGAGAUAAAAGGGUUGCAUUUCACAAUGGGUAGUAGCGGUGGUGAAAAUUAUUUGAGCUUGAUAUAUCGGGUUCGAAUCUCAUAUAAGCUGCCUAACUUGCCACAAGGAGAUGAAACUUUUAUUGUUAAAAGCAUUCCGCUGGGAGGAGCAAAAGAAAUAUUUGCUGACAUGAACAUUUACGAGAAGGAAAAAGAAAUGUAUUUUAACAUUAUGCCUAAAAUUGAAGAUAUUUUGAAAAGCAUCAAAAUUACACCGAGGUGUUACUAUGCUGUCGAUAAUCCGAUCGCAACAAUAGUGUUUGAAGAUAUGAAAGCUUCCGGGUAUGAGGUAGCAGACCGCAUAGAAGGGUUGAAUGAAGAACAUUGCAAAGUUCUUUUAACUAAGCUGGGUCGAUACCAUGCUGGUGGAAUGAUGUUGUUGAAACAAGAACCCUCAAUCAGAGAGAACUACCUCCUUAAACAUGGAAUUAUUUCAUCAGUAAGCUUUUCACCCAUUUUGUGGGGAAAGUAUUGGGACGAUGGAAUAUCAAGGCUGGCUAACCACGCAUCCAAAUGGUUGGGUUAUGAAAAAAUUGUUGGAAAACUACGAAAAAUUCACCAAAAUGGAAUAUUUGUCGAACGAAUAAAAGAUUCAAUGCGUAUAUCGAAGAAUGAUAUUUUAACCGUUUGCCAUGGAGAUACCUGGGUGAACAACCUGCUUUUCCAAUAUGAGUUUAAUGAAGAGUCACCGACAGAUGUUGUUUUGAUUGACUUCCAGGGGAGCAUAGUAGGAAGUAUAGGACUUGAUGUAAAUUAUUUCCUUCAUUCUAGCCUCCAGGUUGAUGUGUUCGCUAGUAAAAGAAAAGACUUGAUAAGAAAUAGCUAUUGCAAUGCAUUAAGAACUACUCUCCAAAAAGGUGGUUUCGAAAACAUUCCUACAGUUCAAGACAUUGAAAAUGAAAUCGAAAGGAAAGCAGUUUAUGGGUUCAUGGCUACAAUUAUUGUUCUUCCAUUUGUAUCAAUGAAAAAGGAGGAUUCAGGUGACAGCAAUUUUGAAACACUCAGUGAAGAAAGUUCAGCGAAUCGAUUGAAGGACAGCGCCUGCUCAUCUCCGCGAUUUCUAGAGACUAUGAAAAUAUUACUUAAGGAAUACGAUCAAUGUGGAAUGUUGGAUUUUUGAUAUCUUUGUAAAAUUAAUUUUCUCUAUAUCUAUAUGCACAUAAUCUUUCCUUUAAAUGCUCUUCAGGGUAUUGUGACAGCUAAAAAUAAACCUACCUGGA